UGGAGCAAGUGCUGUUUUUCCAUCACUUUCUCCAGAAAAUCGUCUGAUUGAAAAGUCAGAGGGUUUCCAAUUCUUGAUAAAUGGAAUCUCCCAAAAGUGAUGGAAAUGCCGUUGAGGCGUUCCCUGCUUCCGCACUAUGAGGAGAUAGCUGCUUCAACUUCAAAUGCUCAUGGACAACUUUAUUCCCCAUCAAGCUCUGCACUCAUACCUUGCAUUCAGAAGCAAUUCCAGUCUUGUAACCCUUCUGAGUGUGUUGAUGAUUUCCUAGCUGAUCCUCUGGAGGUAGACAGUGCACAACAUGCUGAAACAUUUGUGCAGUCAGCUAAUGUUGUACCUCUGCUACUACCAAGUUGUUUUACGGCCUCACAAGUGACCACUAAAAAUGUUGAUUAUACUAAUGAUUGGGUUGUAGAGGUCGGGGCACAGACAUUGCCACAUCUUUCCAAAAAACACUUGCUUUCAGGAUCAUUGAUUUUGCUUGAGGGUUCUGGUGAUCAAAGCAUAGAUGAAAGCUUUGAUAAGAUCUUGAAAUUUUCAUCUGAAAAUAUCUGCAAUUAUGUUGAGCCUGAUGAACUUCUAGAACAUCAGGAAGCAUCCCAGCAUCAACGAGGUAUACGUAGACAUCUUCGAUUUGAGGCUACAUUGGACUGCAAAGACAAUGCUGCUUUUAACUGCCAUACUUCUUCUAGAGUUAGGGAAGUUGUUGACCAUGUUGAUAGUGAUCACCAGAGCAGUGAAGCUGUCGUUGUAGACAAUGGAGGUCAUCUACCCGAUAAUAUCGAACCUCCGUGGGAUACUCAGCAAGUGUCAUGUUUUGACCAGCAGACACUUCCAUGUGGGGGUCAGAGGGUUGAGGUACUAUCCCAGUACGCAGAGAGCUCAAAAGGGAAGAGGAAUAGGGAAACAUACACAUAUGAGAGUGGGGACUUUAAACGCUGCAACUGCCAGAUGUCCAGAUGUUUGAAACUUUAUUGUGAGUGCUUUGCAGCAGGACUAUACUGUGUAGAUUCUUGUGCAUGUGAAAACUGUUAUAACAGGACUGAUUAUGAGGAUUGGGUCGAAGAUAGUCGUGAACAAAUUGAAUUGCGUAACCCGCUUGCAUUUGCUCCAACGAUUGUUGAGCAAGCCAAUGAUUCUCCAAUUCUUGCGGAUGAUGGAAACUGGACGACCCCUUCCUCAGCCAGGCACAAAAGAGGAUGCAAAUGCAAAAGGUCAAAGUGCCUAAAAAAGUAUUGUGAAUGCUAUCGGGCUAAAGUUGGAUGCUCUGGGGGAUGCCGCUGUGAAGGUUGUGAUAAUUCUUUUGGCAAGAAGUCAGAACCAAUAUUCCAGAGAGAGGAAGAAUGGAAGAAUCUGCUGAAUAUGGAAGAGCUUAUGUCUGAUCAAAAGGGUGGGACAGCAAAUCAGUUCUCACCAACAUGGGAAGAACUUGGCAAUACGAGCCAUCUCACUCCUCUGUCACAUCAAGUGCCUUCUUUGAUAUUAUCUAAGAUUUGGGACUUUCCAUAUAUCUCACAGGCUCAACCACAAGAUGGAAGUGGCCUCCAGUUGUCACCUGGUCAACUGCAUUGGUACUCUUCUGCCCUGGCUUCUGUUAAUGCACCAUGUGAAAUCAUGGGAGAUGGUUCACCCCACAUCCACAAUGACAAUUCCAACCCGGCAAACAAGUUGCAAUCUGGCUCACCAAAUCAGGAACGUGUGUUUCCUCCACAGCAGAUUCAAUCAGAUAGGUUAGUUUCAAGCUCUACAGCAGGUCUGCAAAGUGGCCGUAAACUUAGUUCGCAGGCUGUGUCUUCUUUCCCUCCUCUUUCACCACACCGUAACUCUAAGGACCGUAUGAAUCAAAUUGAAGAUGAGCAGCGAACUGAAUGCACAGAUGGGUGGACUUUACAAGUACUUGGCAGAUUAUAGUCUUCUCAGAGAUUAUACUGCUUAUCUCAGUGACAUCCCAAGAAACUGCUUAAAUUAGCAGUUAAGAAUAGACCUUUAUAUUGCAAAGGGCGCUGCUGAGUUUCAAUGCUGAGAAAGGUGAUAGUUGUUGGCCUUUUUAGCUAUUGCAAGUAGGUAUUUGAUGAGAUAAUGCAUGUGAUUACUAAUUGUAGUCCUGCGAAUAAAUUUUACUCUGGCAGCUCUUUUUUAGAAUGAUUCUUUUACUUUUUCUUGUCCCUCUUUGAGAGACAACAAUGCUGCUACAUUCUAUUGAUUGCUUAUUUUUUCUGUA